AUGAAGAACAAGAGAGGGCACAUGAAGGUCACAGUGAAGCCACUGGCUAAGAGGGAUGUGAAGUCCCAGUUGGAGGCCAUGUGCAAAGCCACAGAGUGUUUCAAUCUUGAUCCAGCUCCAUGGAAGAGUUUCCCCAGUGAUGCCAGUUCAUUUGGGUACCAGGUGAUACAGGUAGAUACAAAAAGGUUGCUGGUUAGCGCCCCUUUGAUCAACUACAGUCAGAAUAAAAGAGGAAAGAUUUACAACUGUGAAACUGGAAGAUCCCCAUGCUCUGAAAUUUCCCUUCCAGAGCCAAAUCAUGCAGUAAACAUGUCUCUUGGACUAUCAAUGGCUAAACAACAAAGUGAUCAAAGUAAUCAAAAACAAUCAAAAAUAGUGGUCUGUGGCCCUACUAUACCCAGAAAUUGCGAAACCAUUACUACUUACAAUGGAAUGUGUUUUCAACUCAGAGAGACACUCAGUCCCAUUGGUGAAGGACAACCUCCAAAACUCGAAGAUUGUCCUAUUAGUGGCACAGACAUUGUGUUCUUAAUAGAUGGAUCAGGAAGCGUAAGUGACGAUGACUUUAGACGGAUGAAGGAGUUUAUGAUAAAACUGAUCAAACAAUUUCAAGGGCGCAACACUCUGUUUGCUGUAAUGCAGUAUUCUUCCGUGUUUGAAAUCCAUAUGGAUUUCAAUGAUUACAAAACACGUGGAAGCUCGUGGGAGAGUCUGAUAAAUGGAAUAAGUCAACAAAAAAGAUGGACCCACACUCCUACUGCGAUUAGAAAAGUUGUCAGAGAACUGUUUGUGCCUAGUAGUGGAUCCCGACCAAAAGCUGUCAAGGUCUUAGUGGUCAUCACUGAUGGACAGACUGUUGGAGACAACACACCUAUGUCAGUUGUUGUUCGAGAGGCUGAGGACAAAGGCAUAAUUCGUUACGCCAUUGGGGUGGGCUCGGCUUUUCAAGAACCGAGCGCAAUGCAGGAGCUGGAAACUAUCGCCUCCAAACCCACAAACAGUCACCUGUUUCGAGUGGACAACUUCCAAGCUUUGGACAAACUAAGAGAUACUCUACAGAAGAAUAUUUUUGCCAUUGAGGGUACUCAAACUUCUGGUGCAUCUUUUCACAUGGAAUUAGCCCAAGAGGGAUUUAGCUCAGUUUUACUGCCCUCGGGAGACCUUCUGAUGGGGACAGUGGGAGCUCUAGACUGGAGGGGAGGUUUCCAGAAAAUCUCAGCACGAGGACCCACUUUUCAUAACAGCAGCAAAAUGGAAGCUAACAGUUAUCUGGGUUACUCCAUGGCUGUUGCUAAGCUAAGAAACAAAAAUAUUGUUAUUUUGGGAGCCCCACGGUAUCAGCACAAAGGAGCGGUUGUUAUAUUUUCAGAUCAAGCAGAGACGAUGCUUGAGAGCAAGCAGAUUGGUUCAUAUUUUGGGGCAGAGCUGUGCGCUGUGGACUUGGAUUCAGACUCCUACGCAGAUUUACUGCUUAUUUCGGCUCCAAUGUACACAGAUGCACAGAGAGACAGCGAGGGAGAAGUCACCGUCUGUGCCUUCCGGAUGAGGUCCAAAGACAUGUGUACACCUCAGCCCUUGGUGGGGGUGGCAGGAAUGAGGGGCAGGUUUGGCACUUCUCUGGCUGCACUUGCUGACUUGGAUGGCGAUGGCAUCACUGAUGUGGCUGUAGGAGCCCCCAUGGAGAACAAUGGCCAGGGAAGCGUGUACAUCUUCUCUGGAACGACAAGCGGAGUAAACCCUGUGUUCUCUCAGAGAAUCCAGGGUUCAAACGUUGAGUCGGGGCUUCGAUAUUUCGGCCAGUCAAUCAGUGGAUCUCUGGACCAGAGCGGAGACAGGCUGACAGACAUUGCAGUGGGGUCGAGGGGAAAGGUCCUGCUGUUCAGGUCCAGACCGGUGGUUUCUGUUGCAGUCACCAUGUCUUUCAGCCCACCGAAAAUUCCCACCGACACCAAGGAUUGUACCAAAGACCUUUCUAAUACUGCAACUGUCUGUUUCACCAUGACGAGCCGUACGAAAGGAUAUCAAGGUGAUCUGGACGCAAGCGUGAAUUACACUCUGACUCUGGAUGCGACUCGAAAUGCUGCACGGUCUCGAGCAUAUUUCACUCCUCAAAAACAAUUCUUAAAUAAAGUUGUUACCAUUAGAGGGGAAAAGAAGAAAAAUUGUGAAAACCAUCAGUUUUCCAUUCAAGCCUGCCCAGAAGAUGCUCUGAAUCCUCUGAUAAAUGAGUUAAGGUUGAGUUUUGUAGACAGCACCCAUCCAGGAGGCCAACUUGCUCCAGUCUUGGAUCCACUUUCACGAAGAAUCACAAAUCACCCAUUAGAUUUUGUGGUGGACUGUGGAGCAGACAGCAAGUGUACUGAUGAUCUCAGAGUGGAUUUCAAUUUCUCAGGAGUGUCUGAGGUACAGGUUGGCAUAGCGCUGGUAUUGAACGUGUCGGUAUCAGUGGAGAACAGAGGGGAAAACUCAUACAACAGUCAUGUCAUUUUCACCUACCCAGCAGGACUGUCAUUUCGAAGAGUUACUGUGGUACAGGAUCCUUUGAGGAGGGCAAGAGUUCAGUGCACUGCUGUAGACAGUGUAGAAGCCACUGUAUUGGGGAUCAGCACCUGCCACAUCAACAGGCCCAUUUUCAGGAGCGGAUCCCAGGUUUUCUUCAUUCUAUCUUUUGGGAUAGAUGGAAACAGUAAUUUUGACCGAACUGUGACGUUUACUGCUAAUGCUUCAAGCGGAAACGAACUGCACACGUUGAGGGAAAAUUACCGGACCAGACAGCUUGGUGUAAAAUACAGCAUUUUUGCUGUUGUCAGAAGCUCAGAGGAAUCAACCAGUUACAUAAACUUCACUGCUGGAAAAAAUGAUCUGAAGAAGCCUGUUUUGCAGUCAUUUGAGGUUGUUAAUUAUAUAAGAGAUUUCAAUGCAACAAUUACUAUAAAGGUCCCAAUUAAACUGGGAGAAAAAGACAUCUGGACCAAUAAAAACAGCAUUCAGAUUAUGGGAUGUAAGGCACAAAAAGAUGAGAACCCUGCCUUUACCGAUUUUGUGGAGAAAUUGAGGAAAACUCCUAAUGUGGACUGUACAGUUGCAGUGUGCAGAGUACUACGGUGUGAGGUGUUUUUGAGAAAAGAUGAAACCUUGUUUUACAAUGUUUCCGGUGAAGUUACUUCAGGCUGGAUAGAACAGACUCAGCUAUCAACUGUACGUUUGGUCAGUAGCUCAAGUAUGGAUUUUGACAAAAACCAGUUUAUUUAUUUUUCCUCGAGUCCCCAAAGCAGCAUUCCAGUCACUGAGAUUAAGACACGUGUGGAUAUGGCCAGUGAGCCGAACUUCACCAAGGAAAUCAUAGGAGGCGCAUUUGGGGCUUUGCUAUUGCUGGCUUUGAUCGCCGGUGGACUCUACAAGGCGGGAUUUUUUAAGAGCAAAUAUAACCAGAUGGUUCAAGAAGCUGGAGGAGAAGCAGAUGGAGGUGAAGGGGAAAAUGCAAGUGCUCCCCCAGCCACUGAAUAGACAACAAGGAAAAAAAACUACAAAAUCAGUUUUUUGUACUGUAUAGAAUGUUUAAAAAAGAAAAAUG